UUGACUCACAUGAUCUUGUACGCCGUGAAGAUAGACAACGGGAAAGAGAGCUCUGAUGCAAAGUAUCAGUUCGUGGACCUUCUAGAGCAGGGCUGCAAGAGUACAUCAAAGAUAUCGGAUAUAUGGAACACGCUGCCAAGUGACGUUGGCGGGCGUAAUAAAGUGAAGUUUGAAUUCAGAACGUUUGUGUUCACCGAGACUGCCUUGAUGAAAGUGACCUUCACCGCUCGAGUCUGCGCUUCCGGUUCCGACGCUUUAUGUAAUAAUAUUGACUGUAGUGGAGAUACGUCAUCGGGGAGAAGGAAGCGGCUCGCCAAUGACGUCACCAACCAGACGCACGUGCUUGAAAGAACUUUCCUUGUAGUCUAUCCAGAAGCGACAGAAACAGCGGAAGUGACGAAGAGUGAUAAUCGACGCAGAGAACAGGAGUGUGAGACCAGUCCGUCCAUGAUCGGCACUGUCGCUGCUUUAGCUGGAGUUGUCGCCCUUCUCAUAAUUCUUCUGUUUGUUUUCGUAGUGCGAUCUUUCGUGCGAAAACCGAAGAAUUGGGAGGGACCAAAACAGAACAAUUAGGGAGACUUUAUUUUCUUUAAUUAUAAGAAGUGAAAUGACACACUAUUUUGUUUAAACAGAUAAUUUUUAUAUAUUUUGCAAUCUUUAACCAGACGGCAUAUGUCAGUUGAUUACUUACACUUAGUAGCAUAUGGUUUUUGCUUUUUAUAAGGGUUUUUCUUUUUUGUUUUUAUUGUGGGAGUUUUGUGUUUUAAAAGGCGAGGUAUACGGUAGAUAUUAGUUUUUCGACAUCAGCGGAGGCAACGACGUCAACGUUUGCUUUUAGGUUUUGAGGUUAUAUCCAUUUCUCAUAACCAUAAGCUCUGAAUCAAUGAAACUUGGUUUGUAGUUGCACCUAUGGAUGUUCACCACAGAGGCAAGAUAUUGGUGGAUGGUUUAAAUUUCAAAGCUUUUUUUAUUAUUUAUUUUAUUAUUAUUAUUAUUAUUAUUAUUGCCGUUAUUGUUAUUAUUAUUAUUAUUUGGUUGGAGGUUUGGAUGUUUGGGUUAGGUUUUUUUAUCAUGGAUUUGGUUUGGAUUAUUUUCGUUAGGGCCGAAUUUACGACACGAUACAAUAAUUUAUUUUAAAUAGGUUUCAUUCUAAAACGCGGACACAGACGUAUGCGUGCGGCUAAACAACAGUGUGUAUUGUAAAUUACUAAAUCAGUU